CUCUAGCUCUGCAGCCAGAGGAGACAGAAACAGUCAGGCCCCGAAAAAUAAAAAAAAUAUAGAAAAAAUUGGGAAAAAUAAUAAAACAACAAAUCCGAGACAAAACGACAGCAUAAGGUUCCGAGGGUACUCCCACGAACUACAGGAUGCCCAGAAGCACACCCCUCACCCCAGAAGUGGUCACCAUGGGAACCGGCUGACAGUCAAAACCUCGUUCCCAUGGUCAUCUGAAAGAUUUGAGUAGCAAAGGCCCCAGCACAGAUCCUGCUCUGAUUGGACGUUUACCUUGUGUGGGCCUGCUUUGUCCAGCGACUGACCAGUCACGGCCAAGAAGGCAGUCAAGCUCCACCUACCUCUCCAUGGCAACGAAACCUUAGGGCUGCCAUGGCAGCAGCCGCCACCGAUGUCCCAUGCCAAACUGACCAAGUGAGCCCAGAGAGUCAGGACCGACAAAACAGAACCACCGCUACCUUUAGCGCCGCCCUGCUGGCAGAGCAGCCACGCCUAGAGCUGAGGGGAGAAGCCGAGAGUGAAGGGGAGCUGUGGAAGGGGCUCGGUAGGAGCCAGUCCCCGCUGUGUCUCCUGGGCUCGCAGGACAAACUCCGCCUUCAGACUUACUGCCAGGGUGGAGAGAAGGCCUUUCACUGCUCCCAGCCACACUGUGCCAAGGCCUUCGUCUCCAAGUACAAGCUGCUCCGACACAUGGCCACGCACUCCCAGCAGAAGACUCACCAGUGCUCCUUCUGCGAGAAGAUGUUCCACCGCAAGGACCACCUGAAGAACCACCUGCAGACCCACGAUCCCAACAAGGAGGCCUUUCGGUGCGAGGAGUGCGGCAAGCGCUACCACACCAAGCUGGGCUAUCGCCGGCACGCCGCCAUGCACUCGGCCGCCAGCGGAGACCUCACCUGCAAGGUGUGUCUGCUGGGCUGUGAGAGCACAGCGGCGCUUCUGGAGCACCUGAGGGGUCACUCCGGCAAGCCCCCGGUGGCGGGGGUGACCCGCGAGCGCCGCCACCCCUGCGCCCACUGCGACCGCCGCUUUUACACGCGCAAGGAUGUACGGCGUCACCUGGUGGUCCACACCGGCCGCAAGGACUUCCUGUGUCCGCACUGCGCCCAGCGCUUCGGUCGGAAGGACCACCUGACGCGGCACGCCAAGAAGAGCCACCCGCAGGAGCCGUUGGAGGGUAAGGCUGAGCUGACCCCGCCCCCGAAUGUGAUUAAGGAGGAGCUCAGCCAUCUGUCAUGCGGGGGCCCCCCCAGGGUCCAUCCAGUGAACAAACCCUUCGCAGGGGUUUUUCCUGUUGGCCUGUAUGACCCACAUCUCCAGCCAGCCCAUACUUCACCAGCAUGCCGGCCAGGGAUGGGCCGCCAUAUGGAACCACCGUGUGGUCCUCCUCACCAUCCGACCCAGCUGGCCUUGCCUGUCCCUCUAUCUCAUCACCAGCACCAUCAGCACCACCUGCAGCAGCAGCAACAGCAGCAUCACCCCCCACCGCUCCCUCCUUCUUCCAAGUACCAACCUGGAUCUACCUCAUCCUACCUCAAGAUGGAGAUGGAGAGCUUUCUGAUGGACCUGCAGAGCGGCCUGCCCCUGCCGCCACUGCCCGAGCCCCAGGGUCUGCCUCCGGCCCCUCCCCACAUCCUGCCCGGCGAUGAGUCAGAGUCCCUGUGUGGCGACGUCCUCUUGCCCAAGGGUCCGGCUGAGUCCUUGUGCGGUUCUGGCAUGGACUUCUCCCACCUACUGGGCUUCCUGCCGCUUAACCUGCCGCCCUACAGCACCCCCAUCGGUGCAGGUGGCCUGGUGAUGGGCUACCCAGCCACUUCCUCAUCAUCCUCCACCUCAUCCUCCUCAUCUUCCUCUCACGCAGCCGAGACCCUGGGCACACCCCUUGCCUCCGCCCAGGUUCUGCAUCAGGAAUCGCUGUCCUCAUUGCCCCUGGGAUUCAGCUCCACCCUCAGUACCAGCACUCUUCCCCGCUUCCAUCAGGCCUUCCAGUGAGGACCUCUGUCCAGCCCUAGAGUUCCAGGCCUCAUUACUUUACAGCUUACUGAGGCCCAGGUGAAAGGGCUUAGGAGGUCUGAAUCCUGUCAGACACAGAGCUCUAUGAACUCAUGCCCCAAAAACAGUAACACUGUGUCUGUGUCUGUAUAGGUAGGAGACAGCACCAUAGUGACUAGAAGCAUGAUGCUGUCCACAAUAAACUGUAGGAACGAAAAGUCAAAGAUUAAUUUAGAUAUUUCUCAGAAUGAUUAGUUUGUAGUGGAUCAACGUCACUUACCUCACCCACGUGGGAAGUUUAACAGGCUAAGCCAGAUGGUGAAGUUAUGGGGUCAAAAGUUCCCGGCUGCUGCUCCAGACGGCAUAGCUCUACACGGGAUGUACAGUGAACUUGUGUGAAGAAGGAGAUUGCCUACAGCUGUGAUUUAUGAAGACCUCAAGGGCUCGUGGCUGAAGUGUUUCUUCCCACGCCAAACAAACACAUCCUGAGAGGUGGGUAGUGUAAGUCCAGAAAGUUGAAGUCCAGACCAAGAUUUUAUUUCAACCAACCAGUUGAGUAUAAAAAUUCACAGUCACAGAGUACUCUGCUGGUUGGCUGAAACAAAAGCUUGCUCUGGACUUUUACUGUCUGGACCUGAACUAGCCACCUCUGCAAAUCGUAAGAGAACUCAGUGCCCCCUUUGUGUUUUGGGGUUUAUGGCUACCUACCUACAAUCGUACGAACAGUCGUACAGAUAGCAGACUAGUUUGCCUCAGGUUCUUCAGAGGAUACGUGAGAUAAUCUGCCUCAAAGGAAAGCUACAGAGAUUCCCCCCGAGCCGUUUCCGGCACAAGCCGGAGGCAAGGUGAGGCCAGCAGAGGCUUUUGGGGUGGGACUCCCACCCAAAGAAGCACUUUCAACACCGCAUGCACUUCACCCCAACAGAGACUAAAAACACACAAAUCAGCUCUUAGAAUUGAUUCUACAUCCCUCAUAGAUCUUGCAGCACUUGCUCGCAAACUCAUGCCGCUGAGGGCAUCGUGAGGCGUCCAUCCUGCGUGACUCGCCCAGCGAUCUCUAAAUGGAUCAAGCCACCUGACAUAUGUGAAUAAUGUCAAGCAAGUCAAGCAGAGAUCCUGUGAAGGAAUAUUACUGCAGUGUGUGAAACAUUUGGAAAAGUUAUUAAAUCUGCUUCCGCUUCUGUUUAGUGGUAGAUGUACUGAAGUGAAUGACUAGCGGUAAAUUGUUUGUGGGAGGCUGGACACGUGUUUAAAAAAAAAAAAAACCCAGAUAUCAUUUGAUACAAUACUAUACUGUUCCCAUUCCUCCACCUCUAACCUCAGACAUCCUCCGAAAUGCCAUAUCUGCCCCAGUGCCUAGGUUGUGUCUGAUGGGCCCUGUUGUUUUAACCUAUUUGACUUAAUUAAAACUGGUCCCCAGUGCAGAUCCCUGGGGUAACUUUAGCUAAAGGCUGACUGUCAGCACACACUACAGGCUCAGGGGCUGAAGGAUUAGCCGUCGCGUGCUAAGACCCAGUCGGAGUUUUUGGAGCUAAGCUUCCGGAAUUGUGUUCCAGAGCAUGGUGAGCGAAGACAGCCCAGUCAAACCACACUGUAUGGAUUCUGGCAGCUCCUGGACCGCAUGAACAAAAUGUGGACAAGCAUGCGAAUGCCCCAGCUUGGCCUUUUUUUUCGGUAUUGAAUGCCCUUUUAAAACCGGAGGGACAAUCAGGAACAUAUCAAAGGAUGCACAAAAUCUAAGCUGCUGACCCAGUUCUUAUCAGGGUCUCCAAGGAAACCUUUGCGACAGUGCUUAUCAAUACGGCGAAGUAACAAAUUCACUGGCUGGAAAAAGUCAGUCGUUCUAAUGAACAGGGAUAGACGGGAGCUGGAUGAUUUUAGUGACAUAAGUUGUCCGCAUGUCAAGUUGAACUGGAUGAACUUUCGCCCUCGCCUCCAUGUGCCUCAGCCUUCCACACAGGCAGAGUGGAUUCCGAAUGUUCUCUACCAUCAGUCCAUAUGUGACUUGUUUUGGGGAUUAGAAAAAAAAAAGUUAUGGAGUGAAAUGGAAUCAUUGUUAUAGUGACGUUCAAAACAAACAGCUCCGAGGAAAUCCAACAGGGAUUGUUGUGCGUCGUCUUACAAUGUGCGUUUUCUGUUCAAGAAACCUUUAAAACAACACAUCACCUCAUUGUUCUCAACAGAAAUCCAGGGAGGAGAGCCAGACCCCGGCACCCCAUACUCCCCCAUACUCCCCCAUGCGAGUACUGCCUCACCUUUUACUGUAACUAUCCAUCCAUCCAUCCAUCCAUUUUCCAAACCGCUUAGCCUACUGGGUCGCGGGUACUGUAGCUAUAGUAACAAUAAAAGCUGGAAAGGGGGGCCAGAGUGUCUCUAAAGAUGACAUCAUCAGCCAGCUGUAGCCGAUUGGCUUUGCAUAUUUGGCUUGACCUUUGAACCCAACGAUGACGUGCUCCUGGGUGAUACCUCAUGUGGGGCGUCUCGUGAGAAUGAGGCUCUGUCCUGCUCAGAGAGAGGAGGGCAAAAAAGAAGGGAAGAAGGAUGGAAAGGUGACGAGGCGCCUCCCUGGCUUUCUGAGAGCCCCUGUGUUAUGCUAGCACUUUUAAACCGUGUACAGAGUAGUUAUUCCAGCUGAAUGCAGUCAGCCCUCAGAGGAUCUCCCUGUGGUACUGGCCUGUUUACUGUGGUAUGAGGCCCUGUUUACUACGGUCGGGAGGCCUCCCCUGGCUGCGUUCUUUAUCAUUUCGUAUGUUUGUGCCAUCGGUUUAAUGUUGUGUAGGUUUUAUGCAUAUCUAUGUGUUUUAUUUUUUGUUGUUGUUGUUUUCUAUAGAAUGACAGUAUUUUUUUAGGGCACGUCCCUAUUGCUGGAGAACAUUUCACGUUAUAAGAAAGUCCAGUUAAACAGGAAUAAACUCCCCUCCUCCUAUACAGUCACUGAUCCUUACCUUAUCGUUUGCCCCUCUUGGCACUGAUGUGACACAUCAAUAAUGCUUCCUUUGCUCACAGAAGGUUCUUUCCACCACCUUCCCUCAUCAGCCCUGUGCUCAUAGGCUGUGGGGUUUCUGUUUCAGAUCAUACCUUUCAUCGAUUGGGCGAGAAACUGUGUCACCUGUUUCAGAUAUAAACACACCACGUACUGGUGUAUUUACAGGUAAACAUAACACCAGUAACAAGCACGGAGACUGGUCCUGUGCAGCUAUCAGCACAGUACUUGAAGCAUCUUGGUAAAUUCAUAAGCUUUUUCCUUUUAAAGCACACUUUUUUCAUACGCUUGCCUUUAUUACCCCAGUACCGUCCCACCAGUGGCACAUAGCUGGUCUGCAGACCGCUGCACCACGUUGGGACACUGGCAGCAUGCAGCAGAGGGUUGCCAGAUCUGGUCCUUCCCUUUUGCACUCCCACGAGUUCAAGUCAAUCUGUUAAUGACAGUAUUAAUGACUAAUUACUGGAAGACUGCCAUUGGGAGACUGGGGUGCAGUUAAUUGCUGCAUGUGCAUAAUUUCCAGCUCCCUUUCAAUUGCAUUUGACCUCCAUGCUUGGCGAAAUUUGGUCAGGUAACCUAAGCCCUCAAAUGGAAGUAAGGCUCUCUGGAGCCAGAAUUACCAACUACCCCAUCCUUGUCCACCCCCACCCACGCAGCUUCUCUAUCUUAACUCAGCGUUUGCAUUCCAAACCCCUUUGUUUGAGUAACAUAAACCGUCCUACCUACCUUUUGUUGCCAACACUAAGAGAACAAUAACUGGAACACAAAAAAGAGAAUGUUAACCAGGUUCUGUCCUGUACUUCUGUAUGGGCUUUUAGCUACAGGGAAGGGCUGUACAAAGGCACUUCAGUGGCAAAGUGUCUGCUUUUUACGUUAUGGUUUUCAGAAGUCUCAUUUAAAAGACUGCACAACCUGACAGAUUUUUAAGCUUGUGGUUUCAACCGGUAUAUUGAACUACAGUGCAGUUUUGUUGUACUUUUGAUUUGUAAUGCAGUAUGUUAUUAAAGUGAUUAAAGGAAGAAUCCACCAUUAAACUCAACUGAAUCUCCAUCUCCUUAACGUUUAAACUGACGCACACGUGUUAAAAUGUAACUAUUCAACUAUUACAGUGCAUAAACUGGA